CGAAGAGGAAAAGGACGGAAAGCUAUAAAACGUAGAGGCAGAAAACCAAGGGGUAGAAAGGCUGUGAAACGAAGAGGCAGGAAAGGGAGAGGACGGAAAGCUAUCAAACGAAGAGGCAGAGGACGGAAAGCUAUAAAACGUAGAGGCAGAAAACUAAGGGGUAAAAAGGCUGUAAAAAGGGGGAGGAAACGAAAAGGACGGAAAGCUAUCAAACGUAGAAAUAGAAAACAAAAGACUAACAAGGCCGUCAAACGAGGAGGCAGAAAACGUAGAGGACGGAAAGUUAUCAAAAGUAGAGGCAGAAAACCAAAGGGUAGAAAGGCUGUUAAACGAAGAGGCAGGAAAGGAAGAGGACGGAAAGCUAUUAAACGGAGAGGAAGAGGACGGAAAGCUAUAAAACAUAGAGGCAGAAAACGAAGAGGACAAAAAGCUAUCGAACGUAGAGGCAGAAAACCAAGGGGUAGAAAGGCUGUCAAACUAAAAGGUAGGAAACGAAAAGGAUGGAAAGCUAUCAAACGUACAGGCAGAAAACCAAGGGGCAGAAAGGCUGUCACACGAAGAGGAAGGAAACGUAGAGAACGAAAAGCUAUUAAACGAAAAGGCACAAAACCAAGGGGCAGAAAGGCUGUCAAACUAACAGGUAGGAAACGAAAAGGACGGAAAGCUAUCAAACGAACAAGCAGAAAACCAAGGGGCAGAAAGGCUGUCAAACGAAGAGGCAGAAGACCGAGGGGCAGAAAGGCUGUCCAACAAAAAGGCAGAAAACAAAAAGGACGGAAAGCUAUCAAACGUAGAGGUAGAAAACCAAGGGGUAAAAAGGGUGUCAAAAGAAAAGGACGAAAACGAAG